AUGGCUCAGUUCAGCCCGGGGCCAGGCCAGGCCUCGCUCCCCACAGAGGCCGCGACAGGGAGACAGCUGAGCAAACGAGACUUCUGGCUCUCGCUGCGUAAAAGGGUCGUUGCUGUUCAGAUGCAGGACUUCCAGCCGCCCCCGCCGCACCACAACCCCGGCGUGCCGGCCCCCUGCCUCCCCCUCGACCAGUCGCCCAACCGCGCCGCCUCCUUCCACGGCCUGGCCGGGGCCGCCGCCAACUCGGAGCCGCUCGGCCUGGACGCGCAGAGGCGCCUGCCCAGCCAGGGGGCCGCCGCCGUGGAGUCCCUGGAGUACACUUUCCCCAGCGGGGAGGGCCACUUCGAUUUGCCCGUCUUCUCGCCCUCCGAGGCCGACGGGCAGCUGCCCCACUACGGAGCCGGCAGGCAGCAGGUGCCCAACGGCGGCGGCGGCGGCUUCUCCGGGGGCCCCUCGGCCUUGCCUCGAGGAGCGCCGGCAGGGAUGGGCAGCCUGGCCAAGGCGCAUCCGCAGCAGCAGCCGCCCCCCCACGGGGUCUUCUUCGAGCGGUUCGGCGGGGCGCGCAAGAUGCCCGCGAGCCUGGAGGCCAGGCACCCGCUGAUGCAGCACCAGCCGCCGCCGCCGCCGGGCCUCCUGGCCAGACAGAACUCCUGCCCGCCCGCCCUGCCCCGGCAGCAGCCUUGCCCCGAGGGCAGCGCCGCCAACCCGGCCCUGCAAGACGGCGGCGGCCCCCUCCUGCCGGGGCAACACGCCCCCUUCGAGUACCCCAUCCACCGCCUGGAGAACCGGAGCCUGCAGCAGCCGCACCCCCCCUACGGCGGCGGCCCCGGCGAGCCGGUCUUCAGCGCGCACCACCAGCCGCCCCCUCCGGCCAGCCAGCGGCUGCAGCACUUCGACGCGCCGCCCUACCUGAACGUGGCCAAGAGGCCCCGCUUCGACUCGUGGAGCGGCGGGGGCAGCGGCGCGGGGGCCCUGCACGGCCCCGCCCUGGACAGCCACCUCUCGCCCUCCGCCGCCGCCGCCUACUCGGGCCUGCCCGGAGACUUUACGCCGCCCGGCCCCGACGGCUUCCCUCCGCAGGGGCCUCCUCUCCAGCCGCCGCCCGGCCCCGACCACCACGCGGCCUUGCAGCAGCAGCAGCAGCGCCAGAACGCCGCCCUGAUGAUGAAGCAGCUGGCCGCCUCCCGCAACCCGCCGCCGCGCCUCCGCCAGCCCAGCCUGCAGCAGCUGGGCCACCACCACCCCCACCCCGGCCAGCACCACGCCGAGGCGGCCUUCGAGGCGCAGGAGGGCCCCUGGUUCCCGGCGCCACACCCCGCGGCGGCGGCGGGGCCCGGGGAUCUCCUCUUCCGGCCGCCGGGGGUGGGAGCCAUGGCGGGCCUGCAGGAGCCGCCGCUCCGGAUGGCCUCGGGGGGCGAAGGACACGUGCCCUCCCCCGGCGGCCUGCACGGCCAGUUCGGCCUCAGCCCGCCGUCGGAGCGCAGGCCCGGCCCGGACUUCGCCGCCCCGCAGCAGGGCUUCCCCUUCGCCGGCCCCGACGGCUACGGCGGCGGACCCCCGGCGGGCGGCGGCGGCCCGGGGCAGGACGAGAUCCACCCGCUGGAGAUCCUGCAGGCCCAGAUCCAGCUCCAGCGCCAGCAGUUCAGCAUCUCCGAGGACCAGCCGCUGGGCCUCAAGAGCGCCAAGAAGCCCCCCGACGGCGGCCAGGACGGCGGCGAGUUGAGCAGCUGCUGCGCGGGGGCGGCGGGGGGCGAGGGCGGCAAGGCCUCCUCCUCCUCCUCCUCCUCCUCCAUGAGCACCAUCGACCUGGACUCGCUCAUGGCCGAGCACUCGGCCUCGUGGUACCUGCCCGGCGGCGACAAGGCCCUCCUGGAGGGGCCCGACGACGACGACGAGGACAAAGGCCUGGCGCCCUGGGAGAAGGCCAAGCCCCCCAACCCCAGCAAAGAAGCCCACGACCUCCCUCCCAGCAAGACCUCAGCCACAGCACAGACUGGCAGCCACUUGCAGUGCCUUUCUGUCCACUGCACGGAGGACAUGGGCGAAGCGAAGGGGCGGACUGCGGUGCCAACGUGGCGAUCCCUGCACUCGGACAUCUCCAACAGAUUUGGAACUUUUGUCGCUGCCCUGACUUGAAGACAAAGAAGAAGAAGGAAGACAGGAAUUAUUUUUUGUUUCUCUUUCUGUUUAAGGGGCCGCACACACUAGUUGGACUAUUUUUCUAGGUUGGUACCUGCUUAGCGGCAUAGAGACUGGAAAGGGUUAAUUUAAAAUCAAGCUCACUCAAGUUUCUUUUUCCUUCUCAAGUCUCCCCCUCCCCUCUGUUCCCAGGGCCGACCCUUCAGGCCCUCCCUUCGCAUGUGAAGGUGGCAUGCAGGCGGCAUCUGGCUACUGGGCCCUCCUGCAGUCAGGGGCCAGCGGUAAAUCCCCCCUCCCUUCUGGGGUGCACAGGGCUCACGUCCAAGUUUGGACGGUCCCCCCCCCCCCACACACACACACAAUUCUUCUUCUGACCCGAACCCACCUUGGAGAGGUUCUAACGUCUGACCCACUG